GUCGAGGCAGAAUGACAGCUGAGCGUGCUGUGAAGGUGCAGCAGUGCGGUCCGUAACAUCGCAGACAAUCAUCCGCACACUUUAACAACAAGCACCGACAACAUUUAAGCCUCUCACCCUCUAUUUCUGCCUCCUCCUCCGGACGUUUCAGAGUGAAACGGGGGGGCAGCAGCCGUCACUAUUUAGGAUAUUUUUAUUCUCCUUUUCUGCCGACAGAGACAGAGAAAGAGAGAGAGGGGGAAAAAAGAUCCGGAUGUACCAGCACUAUACGUUUUUUUUUUCGCAUGGCGUAGAGACCUUUCCUUCAACGGGGUAUUGCUGAUGCUUUGGAGGGUCGGAGGCGUCCCUCGGGUCGACAACUGUCACCGCUAACAACAACUUCACCUCGACAGACGCUCAUUGGAGGAUUAAUUAACGAGAUGAUUGUGCAAUAACAUUGAGGAAGGAGGCUUUUCUUUUUUUUUAAUAUUCCGGUUGACUACCUCAGUGUUGUGACUGGAGAGAGAAAGAGAGGCAGAGAGAGCAGAAGUCAGCAGGAAUAAUACAUUGUGUGUCUGUCAACUGCUGUAAAGUCCACAGAGGACGCGUUUCUUCUCCGAGACCGAGGAAAAAGAGGGGGACGUUUGCUGUGCAUGACCGUGUGAGCACCAGGAAACCUUCAGGAUGUCGGCCAACAUCCCAAAGGACAUGAUAAAUCUGCGGAUUAUUCGUGUCUGCGGGGAGACCAACGAGUUCCUCUUCACUCCCAACAACUCAGCUGCAGACAUUGCUAAACAUGUUUAUGACAACUGGGCAGUGGACUGGAAAGAGGAGAAAGUCAACAGUCCCAGCAUCCUGAGGCUGAUCUACCAGGGACGUUUUCUACACGGCAACGUAACACUAGGAGCUCUCAAGCUGCCCCUGGGGAAGACCACGGUGAUGCAUUUAGUUGCCAGAGAGACGUUGCCUGAGCCAAAUUCCCAAGAUCGAAGGAAUAGAGAGAAGACCGAGGAGAGUUACUGCUGCGUCAUUCUGUAAAUACACACCUGCUCUUUAGCCCUCCGUUCUUCUAGUCCGUUCACGCCAUCAAUGUCCUGGACCCGACGGGCUUGUCCUCUGUCCUGGAGCCUGUCUGCCUCCCGGAUGCACACCUCUCCUGCUACAACCAACCCCCCCCCCCCCCCCCCCCCCCCCCCCCACCCUCCCCUUCAUGCACACAUUUACACGUUAGAGAGGACGACGGCAGGCUCGGGCUAAUCCGAGACAAAAUUGGGGAGCAGGAAGUUGAUUAACAAUAGAGUUGAUUCCUGAUCUGUAUUUGAUUUGUUAUUGCAGAAAAGUAGAGGAAAAGAACUGGAGUUGCAUGUGUUUUUUUUUUUUUUCUUUUUUUACUUCUCUCUCUCCUUUCUUAAGCCUUCUGCCAUCCUCUGUCACGCCUCUCCUCGCCAAUCCUCGGCUGGCCUUGUGGAGUCGGUUUCCAGCCGACGCUGCGUUCUACCCGCUCCUCGUUGCAACACGGUGGCCAAGCUUGUGUGCGCGUGGCCUUGUUAUCUCGUACAGACCGGCUGAGAGUUUUAACCACUAAGCUCGUACGCGUUUGUGUGAAAGCGCCUCGGUGCAGCGGACGAAACGUAAAACGUGCCUGAUCAGAGCACUCACUCACUCACUCUGAACACAUCCUGUGUCCUUUUUUUUAACGGCCAUCCUCUACAUGUGCCCUUAGAGGUUGCAGGACAGAAAAUCCCCAACCUGCACAGAAAGCAUCCUGUUUUAGCCAAAUGAAGCCUAAAAAGCAAGCGGCUAUACAACCAACCAGUGCUGGUGGUCCUUUGUCUUUGGAGGCUGGGUCCUGACAGUCCCUGUGUAUUACUGACCAACUAAACUGGUUAUUUAUUAAAGCAGUAUGUUGCCCCCCCCCCCCUUCUAAUGCAACACCCCGAUCUCAUCACUUUUCUAUCAGUGUUGUGAAGGAUCUCUCCAAGACGUCACUUUAACUUUUGAAAAUGCUCCCCCCCCCCUUUCCUUUGUCUUAAUUCUCUCCUACAGCAUUAACGAGUCUAUUUUGCACAACAGAAGCAUGUGCUCUUUCAUCAGAUUAAUGCAAAACAUAUGAAAAGGGUUUUAUUUUAUGUUUCCAAUGGAAGUAAUGUUCCAAAACUAAGGUUAACACGUGUAGAAUAUAUUUAAUAUGAAUCUUUAUCUAGAACAUUGAGAUUUUAGAUCUCGGUGAAAUCCAUUAUAUUGGUGUUUAGUCUAUGAUUGUGUAUACGGUUAGCUUCUAGCCAGUUUUCACUGUCACUCAGUGAUGAUGUCUUUGUGUUUAACCACAGCAGAGCCUCCCUAAUUGUUCAUGGACUGAUGGGUUUUCUUCUCUUUUUUUUCUGUCCGUUUAUUUUUUCAUUUGUUUAUAAUGCAAUGUAAUACACUUUUUUGUGGUUUUUUGCUUUAAAUGAUUGCUUUGUAACAGCACUAGGUCUUAAAAAAAUAUUGUUUAUAUUGAUCAGGGUUGAAAUCUGUACAGAGAAAAAAAAAUGUUUUGAAACCAAUUGUAAAUAGCACUAAUGCGCCCUCUCCCCGCCCCUCCAAAUCUUCAAAAUGGAUUACAUCUGUAAACUAAAUAAAAGUUAUUGAAGUGCAA